CAGCCUCCUCUCUCUCUCUCUCUCUCUCUCUCUCUCGCUCUCUGACUCUCUCUCUCUCUCACACACACACACACACACACACACACACACACAGUCUCACACACCUCUCAGUUGCUGGUGAGCUUAUUCAGCAACGACCUGAGGAAGGAGAGAAACACCCAACACAAAGAAAAGGAGGAAAAGAGAAGAACCAGGAGGAUCAGGAUGAAGGCGCGUGUGCUGUGCAGUGUGCUGCCACCCCCCCGCUGCCUUCCCACACACUCUGUCCGCCGGUUCGCCUCCCCGCUGCUUGUCCCCCUCCUCCUGCUCCUGAGCAGCAGCAUCAGCAGCGGCAGCAGCAUCGGGGCCGUCCCUUCCCCGUUCCACCUGGCCCCGGACACCCCGGCUCCUGCCGAGCCCACCCCGACCCAGUCCACCCCGCGCCCGGACCCCUGCGAAGGCCGCCCCUGCCUCAACGGGGGCUUGUGCCUGGCCCUGCCCUCUGCCGGCAGGCCGGAGGACACCUGGGAGUACACCUGCACCUGCAGCCAGGGCUUCACGGGACACAACUGCGAGUUUUUCACAGAUCCUUGUACCAGCAGCCCCUGUCUCCAUGGAAACUGCAGCCGGAGCAGCAGCGGGGGGGAAGAGGGGGGGCCGGCCUUCACUUGUGAGUGCAGCGAGGGCUACGAGGGGGAGAGGUGUGAUCAGAUCCUAUUGGACCUGCCGGCCGCUGACUGGGACCCUGCCACCCCCUCAGAUCCUGGCCUGGCUACCCCUGUGGCCUCCACCACCGCAGCUGCCACUCAGCCGUCAGAGCCCACCGACUCUCCCACCACCACCACGCCAGCUGCUCCCACCCUGCCGCCAUGGCAACCCAAACCUGGGCAGAGGCUGCUGGUGGUGCCGUGGGAGGCAGACAGGGUGACAGAGAGUCUGCACUGUGUGAGUCCUGAGCUGUGUGAGCUGACAUCAGGAACUUUGACUGUAUCUCUGGAGGUGCCUGAAGAGACAGCUGUAAAGGUGGUGGUGAAUGCCAGCGGAGCUCCAGAGCUUUGGCGAUUGAAUGAAGAGGGUUACCUCCGUUCGUCCAUUUCCAACGGCACUGUGGUGUGGUUCCUGCAGGCCCCUGAUGGACUGGUGGUGCCAGACCAAUCGCUGCCCCUGGGACAGAACUACUUCCUCAGUGUGAUGCAUGUGGGCGCCCCCACAGCCCCGGAAGUCACCCUGCGCCUCAACCUGACGGUGAAGGCCAGCAGCUGUGUGGAGCCCGGCAGCAGCUUCAGUGACCCUCAGUGCUCGGGGAAAGGCCAAUGUAUCACACAGCCCUCUGAGAGCACUUUCUUCUGUGAGUGUGAGGACGGCUACACUGGAAUCUUCUGUGAGGAGUUUGACGCCUGCCUCCACCGGCCGUGUCACAACAACGGCACCUGCACUGACGUGAGACAGGGAGGGCAAGGCCGCAACUUCACAUGCAGCUGCACUUCAGGUUAUGAAGGGGAGCGCUGCCAGUUGCUGGUCGACCACUGCCUCUCUCAUCCCUGCAAAAAUGGAGCCACUUGUUUCAGCAGCCUGGCGGGGCCCAGGUGCUACUGUCCCGAAGGUUACCAGGGCGCUACAUGUGAGCAGAAGGUUGAUCCAUGCGCCUCCGGCCCCUGUCACAAUAACGGGACGUGCUACGCCCAGGGCCCCAGCCCCCUCGGGUUCGGCUGCAGCUGCACAGCAGGCUUCACCGGCCCAACAUGCGCCCAGCUGGUGGACUUCUGCGCCCUGAACCCCUGCGCCCACGGUGUCUGCCGCAGCACAGGCAACAGCUACAGGUGUCUGUGUGUCCCAGGCUACCAUGGCUUGUACUGUGAGGAGGAGUACAAUGAGUGUCUGUCGGCCCCCUGCCAGAACUACGCCACCUGCAAGGACCUUAUCAACGCCUACGAGUGUGUCUGCACACCACAGUUUGAAGGUAGACACUGUGAAAUCUACCAGGAUCCAUGUCUGAAGGUGCGUUGCCAGAACGGAGGCCGAUGUGAGAGCACGGGACUCAACGCCUCCUGUGCCUGCCCUCCUGGAUACCUGGGGGAGGAAUGCGAGGUCGACGUCAACGACUGCGAGAGCAACCCUUGUCACCAUGGAGGCACCUGCACUGACCAAUCAAAUGGCUUCACCUGUCACUGUCCACCUGGGUGGGUGGGGCCCAACUGCGAGAUCCACCUGCAGUGGAAGCCAGCACACACUGAGGACACUCUGACCAACAUGCCACGACACUCCCUCUACAUCAUCAUCGGAGCGCUGUGCGUGGCCUUCGUCCUCAUGCUAAUCAUCCUCAUCGUGGGCAUCUGCCGCAUCAGCCGCAUCGAGUACCAGGGCUCGUCUCGCCACGCCUACCAGGAGUUCUACAACUGCCGCAGCAUCGACAGCGAGUUCAGCAACGCCAUCGCCUCCAUCCGCCACGCCAGAUUCGGUAAGAAGGCCCGGCCUGCCAUGUACGAUGCCACCCCCAUCGCCUAUGAAGACUACAGUCCUGAUGACAAGCCGUUGGUUACCCUCAUCAAGACGAAGGAUUUGUAAAACACAACCACAUACGACUGCAUACACACACACAAAAACAAGCACACACAAACAUACACACACACAUGCAUAAUGGAAGUCAGUAUAUAGUAUUUAACUAUUUCUUAUGGAAAGUAACAACUAAAUUAAAUUGAAUGUAAAAAAACAAAAAAAUCAUACUCUGUAGUUUAAAAAAAAAAUAAAUCUGGAAUUUGAUACGUCUAUUUUCCUGUCAAAGUCCACGAUAAGGCUUUAUUGUAGCAUAACAGCAUUCUUUACAUUAUAAGUUAUUGAUGACAGGCGCCAUGACAUCUAACCUCUGUGUGUGGGUGGAGCCAGAAAACACAGGGGCCCACAUCUCUUAGCGUUAAACUGCGACAGCUCUGACAACAGUUCUUACAGGUGUUGUAGAAAUAGGUGCACUGCUCACGGGUGCAUAAACUGUAUCUUUUUUCUAUAUCUACAAUAAACUUCUGCUGUAGGUUGCCUUACUUCGUGCAUGGUUAGAUUUGAUGUUAUCUGCAUUAUUUCAAAAAUCUUUUGUACUUGAUUGUUUGUUGUUAUGUUUUUUUUUUUGUUUUUCAUUGCAUUGUAUUUUUCUCUGUCGAGAUUGUGCCAAAUAUUUCAUUUGUUGUCAGUAGAUCAAAUACAUCUAUAAAAUGCUAUAGGCACUGAAUUUUCCUUAUUUUUAAUACAUACAGUAUUGUCCUGUUAUUUACAUGCAAGUGUUAACGAAUAGCAAAGAAAGUGGGUUUACUGGAGUAUUAUGACCCUGCCAUUGCCACUGUAUGUACUUCAGUGAUAUUUAGGAUAAUAGGUAGUGUAGGUAUAUUUCUCAGUGCACAGACACAUAGUGGGUUUUACUCAGUCCACCUGUUAAUCCCAAAUGUACAAAUUCACCGAUAGUAUUGGCAGUGUAGAAUAGUUUCUGGAUGACAGUUUCUCUGUUGGAGUGGACGAAGGGGAGGAGGAAGAGGAGGAAGAAGGAUGAUAUCUACUCCAGAAUAUUUGUGCUUCUGUGUUCUGCCAAUGGAAAACUCUGUGCAGCUGUGUUGUUUCCCACCCAAGGUCAAGAGAAGUUUUACCGAUACGUUCAGCUGAUCCUCUAAUAUUUUCUUUCUCUCAUUUUAAGCACAGCAGCCACAUGAUUACCUAUUAUCUAUGUUGAAUGAUAUAAACAAUAAAGAAUCAAGUGAACUUAGACUACA